AGCUGUGCAGCAAAGCACUUUGCCAAGACUGGGUCUGGCAAGACCUAUCUCCACUCAACAAGCAUUGUCUCUAAACUCCCUGCAAAAUUCAUAUUCUUACAAAUGUCUUAAGGCAGGCCAGCUCAUCUCGAGUUUCACUUACGCUUCUAAGAUGGUGCGGAUUUCUCGAUUCAGCCCUGCAGACCCCAGUGUAGACAUUGCUCUCCGAGAAUCUGAUGAUCUCCGUGGGGACCCUGCACUCAGCCUUCAAAGUGCUCCUGCCCCCCAGGAUGCUCGUAAUUCAGUAGUAGAUGCUGGUGGCCUUGAAAGCAUCACCCAGUGUCCCCAACGGCUUCCUCAGAUGAUGGCUGCAGCCGCGGAUGGUUUGGGGAGUAUAGCGAUAGACACAACCCAGCUCAACAUGUCCGUGACAGAUCCCACAGCCUGGGCCACCGCCAUGAAUAAUCUGGGCAUGGUUCCCGUGGGGUUGCCUGGACAGCAGCUUGUGUCUGACUCCAUCUGUGUACCAGGCUUUGAUCCAGGCCUCAACAUGAUGACUGGGAUCACCCCCAUUAACCCAAUGAUCCCAGGCCUGGGACUGGUACCACCCCCGCCGCCAACAGAAGUGACUGUCAUCAAAGAAAUAAUCCACUGCAAGAGUUGCACUCUUUUCCCUCAAAAUCCAAAUCUUCCACCUCCUUCCACAAGAGAACGACCUCCUGGCUGUAAGACUGUGUUUGUCGGAGGAUUGCCAGAAAAUGCCACUGAGGAAAUUAUUCAAGAAGUCUUUGAGCAGUGUGGUGAUAUCACAGCGAUUCGGAAAAGCAAGAAGAAUUUUUGCCACAUUCGCUUUGCAGAGGAAUUCAUGGUUGAUAAAGCCAUUUACCUUUCUGGUUACCGGAUGCGAUUAGGGUCUAGCACGGACAAAAAAGAUUCCGGCCGCCUUCACGUGGACUUUGCCCAGGCCCGGGAUGACUUCUACGAGUGGGAAUGCAAGCAGAGGAUGCGCGCCCGCGAGGAGCGGCACCGGCGCAAGCUGGAGGAGGACCGGCUGCGGCCGGAGUUAGAUGGGAACAGAAAGCUAAGUGAUGAUAGCAUGAUUAGUCCCAGGAAAACUAAUGUGUCAAAUUCUGAAAAUGAAUCCAUUAGGAUGGGUCAAGCUCUGUAUUUUGAGGAUGAUAGCAAGUUUUCAGAGGCUAUCACAGUGUUACUUUCCUGGAUUGAACGAGGGGAAGUGAAUCGGCGUUCUGCAAACCAGUUCUAUUCCAUGGUGCAGUCGGCCAACAGCCACGUCCGCCGGCUAAUGAAUGAAAAGGCCACCCAUGAGCAAGAGAUGGAGGAAGCCAAGGAGAAUUUUAAAAAUGCCUUAACUGGAAUUCUCACUCAAUUUGAGCAGAUUGUGGCCGUUUUCAACGCUUCUACCAGACAAAAAGCUUGGGACCAUUUCUCGAAAGCUCAGCGCAAGAACAUAGACAUUUGGCGAAAACAUUCUGAGGAGCUCCGGAACGCUCAAAGUGAGCAACUUAUGGGCAUCCGUCGCGAAGAGGAGAUGGAAAUGUCAGAUGAUGAGAACUGUGACAGCCCAACUAAAAAAAUGAGAGUCGAUGAAUCAGCCCUGGCGGCUCAGGCCUACGCCCUGAAAGAGGAGAAUGACAGCCUCCGCUGGCAGCUGGAUGCCUACAGGAAUGAAGUGGAGUUGCUGAAGCAAGAAAAAGAACAGCUUUUCCGAACAGAAGACAACCUCACCAAGGACCAGCAGCUCCAGUUCCUGCAGCAGACCAUGCAAGGCAUGCAGCAGCAAUUGCUGACCAUCCAGGAAGAGUUAAACAACAAAAAGUCAGAACUGGAACAAGCAAAGGAAGAGCAGUCGCACACACAGGCGUUACUCAAAGUCCUCCAGGAGCAAUUAAAAGGUACCAAGGAAUUCGUGGAGACCAAUGGCCACAGCCAUGAGGAUACAAAUGAAAUCAAUGUGUUGACAGUCGCUUUGGUCAACCAAGACCGAGAGAACAACAUUGAGAAAAGAAGUCAAGGCUUAAAAUCAGAGAAAGAAGCUCUACUAAUUGGCAUCAUAUCAACGUUUCUUCAUGUCCAUCCUUUCGGAGCCAAUAUAGAAUAUCUUUGGUCAUACAUGCAGCAGCUGGACUCCAAGAUAUCUGCAAAUGAAAUUGAAAUGCUUUUGAUGAGGCUGCCUCGCAUGUUUAAACAGGAAUUCACAGGCGUGGGAGCAACGCUGGAGAAAAGAUGGAAGUUGUGUGCCUUUGAAGGAAUUAAAACUACCUAACUCUGAAAAACAAACCUGACACACGUCUGGAAAUGAAGCUGCUGCACCCGUGCGGGGCUGUGCAGCGAGGGCAGGCGGUUGGGGUUGUCCAGGGCAGGACCUCGGCGGAGCCAUCAGAGCCUGACUUUAGUUGCAUCUGUGGCGUUCUCUUGUGAGUGGAAAUGUAAUUGUGUACCAGUUCCCUAAACAAACAGAGCUUCUACACUGACAGGUCUGUUUCCUCUGCAAACCAAACAGUGAUUCCACAAUCAUAAUAAUGGCAAAAUCUUAAAAUAUGCUACAUUUGAGAAGAGCUCACCAAGCAAAAUAUUUAAAGUUAAUGAUGGUGUAGCAAUGGUUGUUGCUAGGCUACAGAGUUGUAUAUGUAAUGUAUAGCUAAAAUCAUUCAAUGACAUUUUCCUAAAAGUCUAUGUUCCUGUUUUAGCAAAAAA